AUGCCUCGUAGUAACCAUUCAGAUUAUCUUCCAUAUUUAAAUAAUGCGCUGGAUGAAGGUGAAAUUAGCACAUGUCGUCGUAAAUCAGCAUUUUUAGCUCAAUUAGCACAUGAAUCUCAAGAACUUAAAUAUAUGGAAGAAAUAGCUUCUGGUCAAGCAUAUGAAGGUCGAAAAGAUCUUGGUAAUAUCAAACCAGGUGAUGGAAAACGAUAUAAAGGACGUGGUCCUAUUCAACUGACAGGUCGUAUAAAUUAUAGAAAAGCUGGUCAAGCACUUGGAUUAGAUUUAGAAGCGCAUUCUGAACAAGUUUCCACACCUAAAGUUGGUUUUCGAACAAGUGUAUGGUUUUGGACAUCGCAUGAUUUAAAUGGUCUAGCUGAUGAUGGUACAUUAGCUUCAUUUAAGGAAAUAACAUAUAAAAUUAAUGGUGGAUACAAUGGUGAAGCUGAUCGUGAACAAUAUUGGAAUAGAGCCAAAAAAGUUCUCAAUUGUAAAUGA